AUGUCGUACCCUGACGAGAAACCACCCGGCGUGGAAGGUAUCGAGGAUAUCGCCGAGCGCGUCAGCACCGAAGAUGAAGAAUUCACUCCGGAGGAGCAGAAGAAGAUCAUUCGCCGUGUCGACCUGCGCCUGGUCACAAUGACCGGUCUCGCAUACUGCAUUUCGCUCAUGGAUCGGACGAAUCUGAGCAUGGCUGCCAUUGCUGGUCUGAAGACAGAAUUGGGCUUGAAUAUCGGCAACCGCUAUUCAAUCGUGGUCAUGAUGUUCUUCGUUCCCUACGUUAUCUUCCAACCUCCCAUGACAAUCAUCAUCCGGAAAGUCGGCCCAACCCUCUUCCUCGGAACAAUCGUUAUGACCUGGGCCGUAAUCAUGAUAGGCACAGGAUUCGUGAAAAACUGGGGCCAACUAGUCGGCCUCCGCGUCCUACUCGGCGUCCUAGAAGCAGGCUAUUUCCCAGGCUGUGUUUACCUCCUCUCAUGCUGGUACACCCGCUAUGACGUCCAAAAACGCUUCUCAAUCUUCUACCUUAUCGGUUGUGUUGCCUCCGCUCUCGCGGGAAUCCUAGCCUUCGGCCUAAUGCAACUCAACGGCACUAACGGUCUAACUGGCUGGCGCUGGAUCUUCAUUCUCGAAGGCGUGAUAACCGGAUUCAUUGGAAUCCUCUGCUUCAUCUUCCUAGUCGACUUCCCUGACCGAGCAUCCAAAUCCUGGAGAUUCCUGUCAGAGCGCGAAUGCGCCUUCAUCGUCCGACGAAUUAACGAUGACCGCAAAGACGGGAACCUGGAAGCAUUCUCUAUGCGCAAAUUCCUGCGACCAGCACUCGAUGCGAAAAUUUGGGGCUUUGCUAUGAUCUUCUUCUGUCUUACGACUGUUACAUAUGCGAUUGCAUAUUUCUUACCGAUAAUCUUGAUGGAGGGCAUGGGGUUCGGUGUGGGCGAGGCUCAGUGUCUUAUUGCGCCGCCUUAUGCGUUUGCGGGCAUUGUGAUGUACUGCGCUGCAUGGGUUGGAGAUCGGUAUCGUGUGCGCGGAGUGAUUCUUGUGGGCAAUGCGCUGCUUUGUAUUAUUGGGUUGCCGAUGAUGGGAUUCGCGACGGGCAGUGCGACGCGGUAUGCGGGUGUUUUCUUCACCGUUGCGGGUGCGAAUGCGAACAUUCCGAGUUGUAUGGCUUAUCAGGCGAAUAACGUUCGUGGGCAGUGGACUAGGGCAUUUAGUUCGGCGACGCUUGUGGGCUUUGGUGGGAUUGGGGGCAUUGUUAGCAGUCUUGUGUUCCGGGAGCAGGAUGCGCCUGGGUAUCGGCCAGGGAUGUAUGCCGCGCUCGCGUGCAACAUUUUGAUUAUUAUCAUCGUUGGGGUGCUGAGUUUGUGGUUCUGGUUCUGCAAUCGGCAGGCUGAGAAGGGGGAGCGGGUUAUUGAGGAUGAGCCGAGCUUCCGAUAUACUAUCUAG